AUGGCUGAAGGGGAAGCAGGAGGGUUCACUGAGGGUCUGUUAUGGGAAAACCAGUCAUGGGCUAAUUUGUAUUUUAUUUCUGACAACUCAGGUGGUGGUGGUGAUGAAGAGAAAAAUUUGGGGAAGGAGCAGGAGACAGCUGUGAUGGAAAUUAGUGCAGAAGGUCAUAAUCAGGAAAAGGCAGUGCCGCCGCCGCCACCUGCAGCGGGGAAGAAGCGGAAAGGAGGAGGAGGAGGUGUGGGCAAGAAUGUGAAGGCGAAGGGGAAGGGGAGUACUAGAACUGGUGAUAAAGGAAAAGGUGUUGCAGGGGGAAAUGAGUCAGAUGACCAUGAGAUGCAUAUAUUGACAGAGAGAGAAAGGAGGAAGAAGAUGAGGAACAUGUUUGCUAACCUUCAUGCUUUGCUUCCUCAGCUUCCAGCUAAGGCUGACAAAUCCACCAUCGUAGAUGAGGCAGUGAGCUACGUCAAAACCCUACAGCAGACUCUCCAAAAGCUACAAAAACAAAAGGUGGAAAGGCUCCAAGGUGUCACAACCAUCAAUCUGGACCUAGACCCAUCAAUUAACACACAAGAUGUCGCAUUCAGUUCGAGAGAGGCAUUCCUUGCUAAUCAUGGGUCCAGUAACUUGGCCACUGCUAGUACUACCCCAACAAGCAACCCAUCCAAUUCAUUCUCAGCCUCGCAUUUUGCUUCUAUAAACUUUCAAACUUGGACUUCACCCAAUGUCGUAGCCAACAUCUGCGGCGAAGAAGCACAUAUUAGUGUGUGCACUCCAAAGAAGCCCAGUCUCUUUACCGCUAUAUGCUUCCUUUUGGAGAAAUAUAACAUUGGUGUGAUAUCAGCUCAUAUUACCUCGGACUCCAAUCGUAGCAUGUACAUGAUUCAUACUCACGCAAGGGGAGCUCCAGAUCAGUUUUUUGAGGUGUUUCCUGCAAUGGAAAUUUUCAGACAAGCAGUAGCAGAGAUAAUGCUAGUGGUCGAAGUUUUCACUAAGGAAUACUCAUCUUACCAUUCGAUCAAGAAGAAGUCCAAUCAUUUCUUCAACAUCAAGAAUAAUUCAAAGGAGUCGCUCCACGACUAUGUCAAAAGGUUCAAGGCGGAAAAGGCGAAGAUAGUCGACUGCAACGACUCGAUCGCUAGCGCAGCCUUCCAAAAGGGACUCCUAACAGAUCAUCCUCCAUUCAGAGAAUUGAUCAUGAAGGAAUACCUGACUCUAGCAGACUUGUUCGUUUUAGCAGAGAAGCAUGCACAUUGGGAUGAGGCCCAACGAGCAAAUAAGGCACUUGAGCUGCCUUAUAAGGAGUUUGAGAUAACUUAG